CCGCCGCUCGGCGCGCCCGCCGCCGCCGCCGCUCCGUCUCCGUGUCCGUCUCCCGCUCGCGUCGCCCUGAGCCGCGGGAAAGAUGAGCGACGACGCGGCCGCUCCUGACAACGAUAAUAGUUAUGCACAAGUACGAGCUGUGGUGAUGACUCGGGAUGACUCAAGCGGUGGAUGGUUACCACUUGGAGGGAGUGGACUAAGCUGUGUCACCGUCUUCAAAGUCCCCCCUCAGGAAGAGAAUGGCUGUGCUGACUUUUAUAUCCGUGGAGAACGUCUCAGGGACAAAAUGGUGGUUUUGGAAUGUAUGCUUAAAAUAGACCUCAUUUACAAUAAGGUCACUCCAACAUUUCACCACUGGAAGAUUGGUGACAAGAAAUUUGGCCUUACCUUUCAAAGUCCUGCAGAUGCUAGGGCUUUUGAUAGAGGUAUUCGAAGAGCUAUGGAGGACCUUUCUCAAGGAUGCCCUGCAUUAAAAAAUGAAGCUGAAGGAGCAGAAGAUGAUUUACCAGCAAUUGAAGAAGAUUCUUCCAGUUCUCUCGUGAAAGAUCACCUUUUUCAGCAAGACACAGUUAUUACCAGUGAGCCUUUUAGAAGCUCCAGACCUCCCUUUGAAGAUUUGAAUGCUAGAAGAGUCUAUCUACAAAGCCAAGCCAAUCAGAUAACAUUCAGUCAUCCAGGCCUAGACAUUCAGAGCAGAAGUAUAGAAUAUGCACAGCAGCAGAUAUCUAAGGAAUGUGGAAGUCUAAAGUCCCAAAAUAGGGUUCCUUUGAAAUCCAUCCGGCAUGUCAGCUUUCAAGAUGAGGAUGAAAUUGUCAGAAUAAACCCUCGAGAUAUCUUAAUACGUCGAUAUGCAGACUACAGGCAUCCUGACAUGUGGAAAAAUGACUUGGAGAGAGAUGAUAUUGACUCCCCUAUUCAGUUUUCUAAACCAGACAGUAAAAAAUCAGACUAUAUGUACUCUUGUGGGGAUGAGACUAAGUUAAGUUCACUCAAAGACUCUGUUGUAUUUAAGACACAGCCUUCCUCAUUAAAAUUUAAGAAAUCAAAACGAAGAAAAGAAGAUGGUGAACGUUCUCGCUGCAUAUACUGCCAAGAAAGAUUUAAUCAUGAAGAAAAUGGCAGGGGGAAAUGUCAGGAUGCUCCAGACCCUAUUAAAAGAUGCAUAUAUCAAGUUAGUUGCAUGCUCUGUGCAGAGAGCAUGCUGUAUCAUUGUAUGUCAGACUCAGAGGGAGACUUUUCUGAUCCCUGUUCAUGUGACACUAGCGAGGACAAAUUCUGCUUACGAUGGUUAGCCCUAGUAGCUUUGUCUUUCAUUGUACCAUGUAUGUGCUGCUAUGUUCCUUUGAGAAUGUGCCACCGGUGUGGUGAGGCUUGUGGAUGCUGUGGUGGGAAACAUAAAGCCGCUGGAUGAAAGGAUUCGGUGCUUUAAAUGAGCUCAAAUCUGUUUCCAGGAAUUAGUUGACUUGGGUUUGUAGAAGCUUUUGGCAAGCACUAUGAAAUCUUGCCUACUAUCAUUGGGGCCACAGCAGGCAGCAGCAGAACUAGACUGUUCUUGGCAUUUUACAAAUGCUCAUCAUGCCUAACUUUUACCGUUAAGUCACGGCAUGUCUUGUUACAGGUCAUAAAGAGUAUUUACAAAAGGAAACCAUUUCUGGUUUUUGGCUAUAAAAUUGAACAUAAAAUAUGAUCCAAUUAAAAGGGAUUAAUUUUUGGUGUUUUGUAUAUUUAUGCAUUAGGUGAUGGGCCUUUUAAAGGUUUGAAUUCAUUAGGACAUCAACUAAAAGUGCACUAG